AUGGAUAGGAAAAGAUCUUUUGAAAAAAUUGUCAUUGCCGUCAUGGUCAAGAAAAAUGUACAAAAGUUUCUGACGUUUGUUGAAGACGAACCAGAUUUCCAGAGCGGACCAAUCCCUUCAAAGUAUCUCAUUCCCAAGAAAAUCAACUUGAUGGUCUACACGUUGUUUCAAGUACAUACUUUGAAAUUUAAUAGGAAAGAUUACGAUACCCUUUCUCUUUUUUACCUCAACAGAGGAUACUAUAGUGAGUUGAGUUUUCGUGUCCUGGAACGUUGUUACGAAACUGCGAGUUCCAGGCCGAACGACAGCUCUACGAUGCGUACUUUCACCAACUUUGUUUCUGGCGCGCCUAUUGUAAGGAGUCUUCAGAAAAGCACCAUAAGGAAAUAUGGAUACAAUUUGGCACCCUACAUGUUUUUGUUACUACACGUAGAUGAGCUUUCGAUUUUUUCCGCAUAUCAAGCAAGUUUACCUGGCGGUAAGAAAGUCGACACAGGGCGGCUGAAGCGUGAUCUAUGCCCACGUAAACCCACUGAGAUAAAGUACUUUUCACAGAUAUGUAACGAUAUGAUGAACAAGAAAGACGGAUUGGGUGAUAUUUUGCAUAUUAUCUUGCGAGCGUGUGCGCUUAAUUUUGGGGCGGGUCCCCGUGGUGGCGCUGGUGACGAAGAGGAAGAGGAUCGAUCUAUUGCGAAUGAACAAUCCAUUAUUCCCUCUGUGGACGAGCAUGGCUUAAAAGUAUGUAAGUUGCGCAGUCCGAACACUCCACGAAGACUCAGAAAAACAUUAGAUGCCGUGAAAGCUUUAUUGGUGUCCUCUUGUGCUUGCACCGCAAAGGAUUUAGAUAUAUUUGAUGACAACAACGGCGUUGCGAUGUGGAAAUGGAUCAAAAUUCUGUACCACGAAGUAGCACAGGAAACCGCGCAGAAGGACUCUUAUAGAAUAACUUUGGUACCUUCUUCUGAUGGUAUAUCAGUAUGUGGAAAACUGUUUAAUCGCGAGUAUGUCCGCGGCUUUUACUUUGCAUGCAAGGCUCAGUUUGACAGCCUUUGGGACGAAUUGAACAAGUGCUUUUAUAUGCCUACAGUGGUUGAUAUUGCCAGUCUCAUUUUGCGUAAUCGAGACGUUUUGUUCAGAGAGCCAAAGCGGGGAAUUGACGAGUAUCUGGAAAACGAUUCUUUUCUUCAAAUGAUACCUGUUAAAUAUCGUGAAAUUGUGCUGCCAAAGUUGAGAAGAGAUGCUAACAAAAUGACCGCGGCUCUGAAAAAUAAAGUGGCUGUUGCAAUUGACGAGCUCACGGUGCCACUUAUGUGGAUGAUCCAUUUUGCCGUGGGAUACCCUUACCGUUAUCCAGAGCUUCAGCUACUCGCUUUUGCCGGUCCUCAGCGCAACGUAUACGUCGACGAUACAACAAGACGCAUCCAACUGUACACUGAUUAUAACAAGAACGGUUCAUCGGAGCCUCGACUAAAGACACUUGACGGACUCACUUCAGAUUACUUGUUUUAUUUUGUCACUGUGCUAAGGCAAAUGCAAAUAUGUGCGCUUGGUAACAGUUAUGACGCCUUUAAACAUGAUCCUUGGAUGGAUGUCGUGGGAUUUGAGGAUCCAGAUCAAGUAACAAAUCGAGAUACUUCGAGGAUAGUUUUGUAUUCCUACUUGUUUCUGAAUACCGCGAAGGGCUGUCUCGUUGAAUAUGCAACUUUUCGGCAGUACAUGAUGGAACUUCCGAAGAAUGCACCUCAGAAGCUGAAUUUUCGGGAGAUGCGUCAGGGGUUGAUUGCCCUAGGGCGCCACUGCGUAGGUAGCAGAUUUGAAACGGAUUUGUACGAGUCGGCGACGAAUGAACUCAUGGCCAAUCAUUCCGUUCAAACAGGGCGAAAGAUCUACGGUGUGGAUUCCUUUUCGUUAACCAGUGUCAGUGGAACGACCGCCACUUUAUUGCAGGAACGAGCUUCUGAGCGCUGGAUUCAAUGGUUAGGCCUUGAAAGCGACUACCAUUGUUCCUCCAGUACUGCGAAUGCGGGAGACGUAGCAGGUGAGGCGAGUUCAGAUCAUCGAAAAAUUUUUGAGAGUAACGCGAAAAAGGCCCCGAGAGCCCAAGAGCACAAACGAUAUCCUCGUCGCAGGCCAGAAACUCUUUGGCAGCUCCUUUGA